CCUCAGUGAAGCCUCAACGAACUCUGCCUCCCUCCCCCGAGGCUUCGAUGCCCAAAUGUGAAGUUUCACCAGCCAGAAAGUGGAGCACAUCAACAGUAGUCGGUGGCCAAGGGCUCCAUCAAGCAUCUGGAAUUGACAUGACACUCAAUUCCACUCAAGCGCCCGAGCCCGGUCUAUCUCCACCUGGAUAUGGGACUUUCAAACAUACGACAGCCUUCCGCAGCCCCUUUGCUUGCGAACUACUACCACUCCUCAUCCAGCCCUGAGUAGAGCUCAAUCCUCUCACAGCGAGACCGCCAGUACCACUUCGCCGUUCUGCAUACUUGAUUUCGUUCCCUGCGACUGGCGCCUUUUCCGGGCGUCUUCCCACUAAAUCAGACCCAACCGCUCACACAAAACAACCCAGCCCCAAACAGCCGCCUCUCCUUCACAGCAAACGCCCUGCAAGCGAGUUGGACAGUGAAAGACGUCGCGGGGCUUGGUCGGAGAAACAAAACAAACGUGUCCUUCAGGACACAACAAGCCGACAGGCCUCCAAUAGCAGCAUACCAUGCCCAAGUCUGCCGGCUGCGGGCCGGUGCAGUCAUCCGUGAACAUGCUAGUCCAAGAGAUGGUGCUGGACAAUGACUCGAACCAGUCUCAAGAUAUCUAUGAACGACACUUUGCACCAAUGAAAUCCUCCAAGUCGGACGUUCCAUUUCCUCCACUAGCCACGCCGCGAAAGUGCGCACCUUCAGUCACCUGCGUUACAGACCGGCCGGAACAGGAUGGGCAGUCAAUGGGAGUCCUCACGGUCAAAGCGACCAGCCUCCCACUAUUGCAGUCAGACAAUGAUAGGAUGGAUGCGUCGAUGCAGAGCGACGGUGAUGGAGACGUUGUUCAAAGGCCUCCUGAACAAGCCAAGGCGUCGCUGCACGACCUUCCUCUCGAAGUGCAGGGCAAAGUGCUCGACUUCAUCUUCGGAGACAUGCACUCGGUAUAUGCGGCCAGCACAUCACUACGAGGAAAGAGCGUCUCUUCUCUCAUGCGACAUCCUCGAAGAAAAGCAGUUGCGGACCUGGCUCUUGUGUCGCCUGCAUGGCGAGACCUGGUCCAGGAACGAAUAUACCGACACAUCAAGAUCAAGGGCACUCGGGCGGGCCUCGCGGAAUCAGCGGACUUUUUCCUCAACCACAUGCACCUAACCAGGCUCGUGCGUCAUAUCGAGUUCUGGGUUCCCGUAUGGGGAGACAAAGCUUCUUUAGAGGGUCAACGAUCAUCAGGUCCGAUGAUGGGAGGAGGGGGAGCAAUGCCAGAGCGGAACGGGGGGUAUCAUCAUUUCGCCAGCCAGACGAACGAGAGUCUAAUCCCUGCCAACGACUUCUUGGGAUACGGCUUCAAACUGUCGGCGUACUCGGCCACACUGUCGGAAAUCUUCAGCCACAUCAGCUGUUUCUUCCCGAACUCGCGCGUCUUCACCCUCGAAGGCGGCCACUGCAAGCAAUCCAACAUGAUCCGACACUUCCCCCAGACUCUCUUCCCAGAUCCCAACCAGCAGCUGGAGAAACUGCCCAACAUCCGAACGUUCGCCAUGCGCGGCGCCUGGAACAUCAUGCGGAAUUACAGCCACUGGAAGACGAUUGAGUUGGCCCUGCCCAACGUUGAAGAAUGGCACUGUGGCUACGCAAAGCCUCGAUUCGAAGCAGAUGCCACCAUCAACACCAUUCUGCAGAACUUGCCUUUACAACUGCGCCACAUCAACAUUUCUCUCGAUGGCAUGUACAGCAAGGAUCCGAUGACGGUGGGAUCCAGCUAUUUGCCCGGUCAACCUCAUUUGUGUGAGCGGUUAGGCAAAGCCCUGCCACAUCUGGAGUCGUUGACGUUCACCGGCAAAAUCUGCGAGUGUCUCUGGACUUCGGCAUUGGCCGCGCUCUCCGGCGUCAAGGAAGAGCCGCGGCUCAAGUCGCUGGAGAUUGUGGUCAAAUCCUGCUGUCGGCAACGAGUCACGGAUGUCGACCCGCAGACCGGCGAGACGAUUGUCCACGAGCUCGGGGGCGUCAUGGCUGACGGCGCAGGUAUCACCAACCUCGUCUUCAUCCGGGCGUUCGAACGCUUGGUCAUGCAUACCGUUGAGGCAUUGCCUCGGUUUCCUCACCUCAACUACGUCCGCAUCCGUUUCAUCGACCUCGAUUCUCCUUGCACCUUGCUCAACCCGUACUGGCAGCUUGAGGGGAAGAAGGUGUAUGGGAUCUGGAACGAGGAGAUUGUGGAGCGUUUGAGUGAAGUGAGGCCGGAUGUCGGGUAUGUGGAGCUAGGCGAUGGCAUUGAAUAUGCUGGCUAUCAUCGAAAAUCAAGUUCAGGUACUCCCAACGUCACCGGGGUUGGUGACAGCAACAACAACAACAAUACGACAACUGGCGUGGGAGCAAGUAGUCCUACUUCGAGUUCGAGCGCCAUGCUUGGGAUCGGCUCUACUUGCAGUCUGUAUCCGAAGCUGAAGCCGCGAAGCAUCAAGACAAGCAGUUACAAAGUCGUUGCCGAUGCGAGAUAGCGUCCCACAUCCAACAACGAGGUGACAGCGGGUGCAGCGUCAGUGGGUCCAGCCCAGUGAUGGCGGGUCAGGGUGACGAAGAACUGAAGUUUUGAGAUGUGCUGCCUCCAAGCACAAGCUGAACUUGAACAAUAUUUCAACCACCCCAAUGAUGUCGGGCAUGCACGAGGGCAGCCUGGAGGAGUGCAUUUUUCAUCGCGUUUUGAAUUCUGGCGGAGGCGUGGGGCUACGGGGACUGUUUUCGCGAGGCGUGACCGGGUGGGUGGGCAUGAAUGAAAGCAUGGGUUUGUUGUUGGCUAGGAUUCAACAUCACUUCAAGGGGCGUUUUCUUUUUUUUGUUUUUCCUUUGCAGAAAAGCUGGUAUGGGGUGGGAAUUGUACUAGCGGCUGCCCUGAACUUGAACGAAAAGCAAGGACGGGACUGAGCGGAGCGGAUAGGAGUCACCUUGCUGAAGCAUCACCUUCUGUGCGUCUGGGGUUAGUGGCUGGCGGUUUGCUUUGCAAUUGUCAGAGACAAAGGCGAGGCUGGAGGGAUGAACAGAACUCAAUUUGGGCAAAAGGGCUGAUUCCAAAAUCGAAGUAAUAAACUCAUUGAGCAAUCGAAACUUGACUGCAUCGAGGUGGCCGAUAUCCUUGACUUUAUUACAAUUUCCAAAAACUCGCGUAAACCUACAAUACAUGCACACAAAGGAUAUCUAACGGGUACUAUCU